AAAAGAUACUCAAUGUAGUCGCAAAAAUGGUCCUCCCUGGGCAGCCGCAUUUUUCACUCAAUCCCUCCAUCGGUUCAGUUGACGGUGGUUGUCAUCUGCGGCAACCAACUUCACUCUGUUUUAGUUGGUCGUGUAAAAUGUCGGAGUUAAAUGAGGAUAUAUUAAACUAUGAUGAAAUCGGCGAUAUUGAUGCGGACGACACUCACCUAACUGGAGCCGAUGAAGAUGAGCUCUUGCUUUCAGAUGAUGAAUCGAUAUCGGGUAGAUUGGCAGCGAACGAAGCUGAAGAUGAUUUGUUGUCCGAGCAAACAGAAAGCGAAACGCAACCGGAACGAUCAAUUGAUUUCGACUCGCAAACGAUAAGUAACAAUGCAUCACACAGCAGUGACAAUAAGGAAAAACCCACUGAAAUCAGAGCCAACUCACCACCGGCCGGUCGCAAGAGUCCAUGCAUAUCGCCGGAAAGUGAUUUAGUGUCAUCGACUAACAAAGAAGAUGAAGAAAUUUCCGUACAGCCGACACAGUCGCAAAGUGUGUGCGACCAAAAAGAUGAUGAACAAAGCUUUGCCGAAUCGGACGAACGAUCCGAAUCAACGGCAAAUGAAAAGAGUGAGGUGAGCUAUAGUCAAAGUGAACAAACUGAUAAUAAAUCAGAGUCGACGUUUGUCAGCCAAGAUGCUUCGGAGGAGACGAAUACGGAACGAACAUCGGACGAUUAUGAUCCAGAUGAUUCGGAAGAUGUGCGCGAACGACGCAACCCGAAAACAACAAAUGAACGUGAAAUGCCACAUCAAUUCGAAGACAAUAGCAAGCCGAAGAAUUUUUCACAGAACUAUCAACGAAAUCGACACAUACGACCUCAAAUGCCUAGACAGAAUCAUCCAUAUGGUGGUCCAGGAGGUCCAGAUUUUAAUCCACAGUUUAUGCCGCAAUUUCGCGGUGCUCGACGACCGAUGCUACCCAAUUCACAGCCAGAAUUUAUGCGCGGCCAUACGAUAAGUAUGAUGCGCGGUCCACCAAAUCAUAUGCAACGCAUGCCACCGGGAAUGCAACCACAUCCAUCACGUAUGCCAGUUGGACCGGGUCAUUUGGGACCGCCACAUCAGCGAUUGUCACGACCUCCGUUUCAAACCGGGCCCGGAAUGUUUGGCAACAAUCCUGGAAUGCCACCGCAAGGUAUGAUUCGUCCAAGAGUUCCACCAAAUGCUCACCAGAUGAUGCCGCAACGACCUCCAUUCGGUCCAUAUUCACAACCAAAUCAUCCGGCGAAUAUGCGACUUCCAAUGAAUCCAUCGAUGCCACCACACGUACAACCUAUGAACCCAGCUAUUCCAGCACAGUCUUUGCCCCUACCACUUCUUAACGCUCCUCGCAAAGUGCUUAUCAAUCCAAAUUUCAAAGGAGGCGUUCAAGCCGCUACAAAUCAACUUAUGUUGGACACGAUGAAGAAUUCGCAAAUAAUGGAAAACAGUCGAGAGGCGGAAUUGUUGCGUCAGCAAGAAGCAUUUAUCAACCAAAAUCGAAUGCACAUUGAGAAACGGCGUCGAUCCAGAGAGCAUUCACCGGAACGUGACCGUGAGUACCGUGAUAGAGAUCGAGAGAGAGAACGAAGCUAUUCGCCACCUCGUCGAAGAGAGCGGGACGCAAGAAAACCGUAUCCGUCGUCAUCCAGAGAAAAUCGAAAUCGACGAGCCGACAGCCGGGAUAGAGAACAUCCUGAUGCAAAAAAAAAGCGCAAUGACGCCGAUGGAAAUGUUGAUAAAAAUGACCCAAAGACUGAAGAAGAUGAAGAGACACGAGCCUAUCGACUGAUGAUUGAAAAACAGAAGGCGCAGCGUGAAAAAAUCUUGCGAGAUAAAGAAAUGCGACGACGAAAAGCAGCUGAAGACCUAAAGAAAGAAGAGGAGAAAAAGGUGAACGUCGAUGAACCAUUGCAAAAGUUUACUCCGAUCGUGGUCACGGAGAAGAAAAUAAUUUCAUUGAAAAAGAAGGCGGCCGAUGGGCCAAGUGAUCAGCCAUCGAAACCAAAAAGCAUAACAUUGGCACGGAAAGUGCACACAUCAUCGCUGUCCGAGAAUUCGGAGUCGGGUUCUCAGGUGAAAACUGUACUACGAAGUAGUACAACCAUAUCGAAGAAAAUUCGCAUCGAUGACGAGGAAAUCGAUGAAGACGAAUUGCUAGCUGAUUCGCCACCAUCAACACCAGCGCCCAUUGGUGACGCAUCGAUGCUCAAGAGUCGAACAAAUGCAUCAAAAGUUGGCGACAUUCCAACGACCAUGUUUACAAAUCGGCGUGUUGUUGUGCGCAACACCGACACCGUCACAAACAAUGAAAACAAUCUCAACGCAAACAAAGCGACCGCCGGCACUGGCAAAGGAAUAUUCGAUCGGCUAGACAAGAAGGUAAUUAGCGUGAACGAAGCGGCGAAGCGAAAAAUUCAGCGGAUCGUAAUCAAUAACAGUGAAUAAUGUGGGUUAAGCAUAAUUCAACUAUCGUUCUGCUCCGACUAAAUUGCAUUGGUUUGUUAUCCAAACUUAUAGACAUUUAAGAAAAAUCACACAAACACACACACACACACACACACACAUUUUUUUGAAACCGACUUUGAAGUCAUCCUAAGCACUACUUACUAUUCAGAUAUAGCUUUGAGGCAUGAAUAAAUGAAACCGACAUUCAAAUCCCACUCUGUUUACAUAAACUUUUAAGCAAAAAGUGAUUAUUAUCGAAAGAAGAAGAGAAAAUUGUCCGUUGUGCUUUUUGUUUUACAUUUUUGUUUGCAUUUCCGUGACAAAAUCCAAUUUUUUUUUCGGAAAUACAUUUGUCAUUCAUGUCCCUUUAGAAGCAGAACAGAAAAAAAAUCUUGUUUCAUCAAUUCCUCAGUAUUUGUUUUACCGAGAAUAGAAUUCAGCCUAUUCUUGCACAGUCGACACUAAAUUUUAAUUACGUUUAAGUUGUCAAUUUAUAUUUUGAUUGUUUACAUUUUGCAUUAUUCAUAAGCAAUUUUUUUUUGCUAAAUUAACAUUUUCCCUCUUUAAAAUGCCCAAAAUCGCAAACUCAAACCUCUUUCGAUGGGAGUGAGAACAAUAUUCCAAAUAGCAAAAUCAAAAUUGCCUUCAUAUUACGAAAUAACACAAUAUAUGCAAAUAUAGUAAAGCCGAACAUUUAUAAACUUUGAACAUUUAGAAAUAUGUAAUGAUGUCGAUUUCUAACAGAAGAAAAAUAGAGUGAAAAAAAAAAAACAAUUAGUUAAUAGUCUAGAAUUCUCAGAACAGAAUCAUUGCUUUGAUCAUUUAGUGUUUAAAAGCCAUCCUAGGGAGAGAAAAAACCAUUUUGUUGAACAAUCAACUGAAAAAUUGUUCAAUUUGCAAAAACCGAUCACAUUUUAAUUUCAUUGUACCAAAUGCAAGUUGGAUUUACAAAAAAAAACACACGUAAAAUGCUGUCCUGGUGAUAAUGGAGCACAUUCGUUGCAUGUCAUUGCCAGUCAACGAAUUUGCAUAAAAAAUCAGCGAUCGCAAUGGAAUGAACGCAAAUGCUCCAAAUUAUGAAAGAAAUGAGAAUAAUUUGAAAUUAAGACAAUUUUAUACAAAUUAAAUGUAAAGAAGAAGAAGAUAAUGAGGAAAGCUGAAUCGCCAAUCGUGCUGUAUGAGUCAUCAACAUAGGAAAACGAUGUGAAUUGCGAUUAUGCAUAUUUAUUUUAUUGGAACAAAAUGAAUCAUUUAUAGAUUCGCUAAGAGACAACCACAGGAAAAGUAUGUUAUGCGAUAUUUUCUAGGAUUUGAAUAAUAUCUCUGACUCUUGUUGAGACAGAGCCGAAGGCGAGAGAAAUGGAUAUGUUCGCUAUAAAUAUUUCAACAGAAAAAAAAGCGUUGAAUGAAUUAACUGCCUAACUCAUAAUGGAAUUAUGUUAACGAUUCACUAAACAAAAUCAUUUCGACACUCAACUCAAGAAGUAACGGUUACGAAAUUAAUUUAGAUUUAUCUUAAUUUUUUUUUUUGUGAAAAUAAUUAUUGUAUAUAAUAGGGCUUUUAUUGGACAAUGAGUGUUUUUCAAGCUAUCAAAAGGACACAAAUCUAAUUUUAUUUGAUCCCCCUAAUCAAUAAAUACAAUUACAUCUCAAAAGUGAUGCAUCAAAA